AUGCCCAACAGUCGGCGCCAGUCAGCCGUUGAAUCCCAACCGAAUUCUAGCUCGAACCCAAACACUUCCACCUCUCCGCACCAACCAUCAACAACGGCCGCUCGACUAGAAUCGAGCAUCAAUAGAAAGUUUCACUCGUUAGGAACCCCAACAAGCGCGAUCAACGCGAGUACUCCGUCAAGAAAUUCAAUAUCUCGAGCAGCCACUUCAUCCGAGCCAAAGAAUUUGCCGAAGCAUAAGAACCACAACGCUGUUAAUACCGGUACCCUGCCUCCGCCUGAAGCUACAAUUCAUACCAAACCAUCGAGUUUGACUGGACCCAAGAAACAGCAUAAAAAUGCAGCUGGCCUUGGUUUACCAUCAUCAAACACCGGCUCCAUUCCAAACAAGCGAAAUCUAUCAACUUCGGAUAUACCCUCAACUGUCAGCCAUAAGAAAAACAAACCGGAAAGUGAAGCUAAAUCCAAGAAUGAGAACAAUGCGUCAACUUCAGGUAAAUUAACUUUAAGGUGCCAUCAAUGUCGCGCCGAAGUACCUCUGGCGAACGUGAUCAUGUGUUCAAAUGAAACGUGUGCUCGAGUGAUCCCCAAACAAAGAAGAAGCGAACCGUCACAGAACCCGACGACUAGCGCUGCCAGUUCGACCUCUAGUGGUCAAGUUCCUUUUCUCCGGGGGCCUUGUCGUGUUAGUUUCUGCGGUCGAUGCCUAUCAGGAAGAUAUGGGGAAGACCUGCAAAAAGUACGCCCCACGGUAAAUUCUUCUUACCAAUGGAACUGUCCAGUGUGUCAGGAUUACUGCAACUGCUCGAUCUGUCGUAAGAAGAAAGGAUUACCACCGACUGGAAAAUUGGGCAGGGCAGCUACUGAAGCUGGUUUUGCCUCGGCGCGUGAAUUGCUCGCAGCAAACCCGCAUGCUCAGGGCCCAGACAUCUUGAUUCAAGAAGCUAAGAAAAACCAGUCAUCGUCGGGACCAGCUCAACCGAAAGCUACAACGGACGCGUCGAAUAAAAAGUUGAUGAAACUUAAAAGCUCGCAAAGUUCGACCCCAACUUCCAAGAAGCUCACCAACAAAUUGGCUACCAAAAAAACAAGUCACAAGAAGAAAAUGAGCGGUCAAGACCUUAAACACCUGGAAGCUGUCAAAAAGCUGAAGAAACAACAGCAGGUCGGAAAAUCCAAAACCCAGAAGUCUGAACCAUCCUCUAGCAAACAAACCCUUGCUUCUUCCAUACCAGCUUCCGCCCCCAUGGUCAACGGUAACAAAGUCAAUGAACAAUUGGCUACAGAAGUGAGCAAAGUACCGGGAAGACGAGCCCCACAUGUUGUUCAAGCGCCCACUUCGUAUUCGUGUAUACCGACUGGAAUUCUAGGAUCUGGACAAAUUUUGAAGAGGUUACAUGUCCGGGAAUUCGUCUGUCGAUUCAAGGAUUUGAUACCCGGGCUAGGAGCAACGGAAACCAAGAAUUCGAAGGCUGAAACUCAACGGGCUGAGAAAAUUAUAGACUCGAUGGACGACGUUGUGAACUUUUGGGUGGAUGAUGAGGGUGGUAUGAGAGCCAUCAUGAACGGUCUAGUCAGGUUAAUCGAAUCCGAUUUCAAUCCUGAUGACCAGUCUACCGAGCAAGGCUCGCCUAUCUUGAAAUCUCCUCAGAGUUCUGCCAUCUUGGCUCAGCUUAAACGCGAAUCUAAGAACUCGAUGACGCCGGUUCCGUACCACCAAAACUCGGUACCAUGUUGGCACACUGCGAUUAGUCUUUUGAAGGAAGAAGGAUUAGAGCCGCUAUUCGAGAAAGACACAGAAACCCCUUACAUCUCGGCCUUGGAUGGCUCUCCUACGAAUGAACACAAUGAUGAGAGAUUACAAAGAAUUAAAUUUCCUCCAGUCGAGAAGCUCGCUGUCAUUUCCGGGUUAAUUGAGAUUGCUUUGAGAGGCCAUACACUUUGUGAAGAUCUCAUACAGGGUCUGGAAAGAGAAAAACAAGCCAAAUCGGAUAUUCUCAAAGAACGGGUGAAGCUGAACAAGAAAUGGGCGGAGACAAAAGCUACGAAACUCUCUGGGAUGCCGUCGAAGAAAUCCUUACUAGCGUCGGACGAUGGACAGACAAUCCUGAAACCUAGUAAAACGUUGGUUGAACGAGAAACCGCUCGUGUUCAAGCUUUGACCGAAUGGGAAGCCGAUAUGAGUCAAGCGGAAUCCGCGCACAAAGAUGAAAUCCGAAUGUCAUUCAUUGAUCAGUACAAAGUCGAAUCUUCAAAUCGACUGAGAUUCCAAUCGAUUGGACAAGACCCACGGAACAACUCGUAUUACAUUCUCAGCAGUACACCUGGAGUACUUUAUCCAAACGACCCGAUUGAAUUGGCCUACUCCUGGAGUUACAGCUUGAUCAUUCACGGGUCAGAGCCGAAGAAUUCUAUUGUGAAGGGCAAGAAGAAGAGCCAGGGUCAAAAGAAGGCACAGGGUGCUUCCACGACAGCUACUACCCCCCAUGAUUCACCCAUGGUCGCCAAGCCUGAUGAAAAAGAGGAUACACAGAUCGACAUGUUAGAAGGUGGGCAACGAGCUCCAAAUGAUCAAUGGAUUCGAAUCUCAGAACCUAAGGAGAUCCGCCAAUUGGCCUCGUGGAUCGAGUACGAAGCUAAACUGGUCGACUUCAAGAACUCCACCAGUGGGUCAAGUAGGAAGGCGCCCAAUUCGAGCUCGAGCACCAAGCAGAUCGCAAUCCAACCACCAACCGACGCUGCUGCGAAUGAUAACUCCACCUCUCAUAACGGAGCUCCGGCCGAUACUUGUGCGAAAAGUGUGCUAAACUUGGUUGAUCAAAUCAACAGGUUUUCUGAAUUCCUUGACUUGAAAAUUAACCAACAUGCCGAAUCGCUUAAUAAUGACCGCAGAGGUCUUAAAUCUAGAAACCACUCUUAA